AUGGUUUAAUUAAUAAUAGUGCAUGUUAAUCUCCUCAGAGAAUAAAACUUUAAAGUACUUAAUAAUAAACUGGGUGACUAAUCGGAAAUUUAUGAUUGGGAAAAAUGAGUACCAUAAUUGCUUUUAGCGAAUUUAAUCAUGUGUUUUUCAUCAUUUCUGCAGCCAAAAUAUCUCACUUUUCAAAUAAAUUACUUUCUUCGAAACUUGUGUGUGUUAAGAAGUAAAAUACUCUUAUCAUCUUCAAUAAUUACAAAAACACCCAACAAAUCUCAAUGCUGAAUGUUCACACACUUUCUGUAUUCUCAUUCAAAUUGCAGGAGAUGCCAAAAUGAUCAUAUCGGACUCAUUAUCAAACCAACAGGUUUUACUCAACCGAAUUAAACGUUACCGACGUGAUGUUGUACACAAUGCAACUACUUAUGCUCACUCCACAUCUACUUACAAAAGUGAGAACAACUAUAACGAUAAUGGUAUCCAUGAGGUCAUUGUGUUAGCUGAAUUCCUUAUGCCUGAAAACAUCAAAUUUACAGAUCGUUUGGUUACACUUGAGAAUGUAUUCAGCGACUGCAAAUUAGCCAAUUAUGAGACUGCAUUAACUUUUCAACAAAGUACUGGACAAGAUAGAGCAGAUUGUAAUGAUCAUUCAGAUGUUAUUGAUCUACUAUCACCAGUUGAUGGUGUGCUUAUUGAUUGGGAGCAUAUGGAUGGAAUAACAGUGAGUGAAUUUUGGAAGUUAUUCGAAACUGUGUUAUUAAAUGAUACGCUUAACGAUGAUUUGUUAGUGAAUAGUCUAAAGAAUAUUGAUACAACUCCAUAUGGUGAUUCAUGGAAAUCAUUAUAUUAUGAAGGUGACGGUAAAAAAUCAUCUACUCGAUCAUAUCCAGCCGGCAGAGAGGUGAAACAUGAUAGAUACUUUCAGAAGCAAACAUAUUCACUAGAUGGUGCAUCAAGGAAACGGAUAUUGUUUAAACAGUUCAAUUCAGCAGAAACACAUUCGUUUAACUGGACCAAUUUUAUUAUAGCAUUGAACUUCUGUUACUUAAUGAUUACGAACUUUUAUAUAUGAGCUGAUAUAUUCUUUAACCAGAAAUGUCAACUGUUCUGUAGUUUAAAAAGAAAAUAUUAUUAACCCGAGAUUUACUUUAUUUUCUAAGCCUUUAUAAUUUUGAACCACAAGGCUACAAGUGUUGAUGUAAGUGUUCUAACAUCUUGUAAUGACAUAAGCCAACAAACUAUUUUACACUUUAUAAAUGAUUCUCACUGUAAUUAAUCCUUAAUUCGAACAUGUUAAAUUACUUUAUUCUACUUUGAGAAAAACUUUAUUCUUUGAAGACAUCACACAUGAUUCCCAUUUUUAUUAACAUCUAAAUAUAUAUGUUCAUAAUAUUUUUCAUGUCUUGUAAACAAGCGUUCACUUAUUUCAUAGUGAAUAUGUAUAUGUCAUAAAUAACUGAUAAAACAAAUCAUUCUAUCAAAUGUUC